AGAGUUGGACGCCCUACCUUUGACCAUCUCGUCCAUCUGCUCAAACGGAACCCGAUAUUCCAAUCAACCAGCAAGAGACCACAGCGCCAAGUUCGAUAUCAACUGGCAUGCUUCCUCCUUCAGUAUGGCUCACGAGGUGCAGAUCCACUUCAAGCUGCACACAAACUCGCGAUUGGAUUUGGCACAGUAUUCUUGUACUGCCGGCGAGUAGUGCGGGAGCUGGGUGUACAGGUUGUUUCGUGGGGAGAUGAUGAGCGCCGCCGAGAGACAUCUGAGUAUAUCAUGGAUGUAUAUGGAUUUCCGGAUUGCAUUGGGAUGUUGGACAGGACACUUAUUCGCCUAACACAGAUGCCU